GAAUGUAAAUUUUAGAAGUGAUGCCAUUGGUAAUACCGUGAAGUGUGUAUUUUUUGGGGGGAGGGUCAGUGUUUCGUUUUGCAGAAAUUUACGACGGAAUACAACCGGCGAACGGGGAUUUGCGUGACGAAAAUUGCGAAGGAGAUAUUCGACGAUCAUCGUGAUUGCAAAUCCCAUAUGAUUCGCCGUUUUUUUUUCGCGCGGAAAUAGUAGCGUUAUGGGCCUAAUUUCGGAUCCGCUUCUAUUCGCAAUUGCGUUGAUCGACACGGGUUCUGUUUUGUUUCUCCUCGUAUAUUAUAUUAUAACGUUGUCGGAUCUCGAGUGUGAUUAUUUGAAUGCGCAAGAAUGUUGUUCAAAAUUGAAUAUGGGAGUGUUGCCAAAAUUAAUAGCACAUACGAUUUUGGUAUUUCUUUUGUUGAUACAUGGACAAUUAAUAUUAACACUAAUGAAUAUACCAAUGACGAUAUGGCUGUUUUAUGAAUAUUUUGGUAUUCCCAGUGGUAAUAUGGGUGUUUAUGAUCCUACAGAAAUUCACAAUCGCAGUCAAUUGAAAAGAUACACACGUGAUUGUAUGAUUCAUCUUGGAUAUUGCCUCAUAUUCUUUUUCAUUUAUCUUUAUUGCAUGAUUGUGGCGUUGCUCAAGGGAGAUCCCAUCAAUAGAAACGACGACACUAUAGUAGAUUUAUAAGGUGAUUAAGGUGUUAUUAUAAAUCUUUUUAUACUCGUUUUUUUCUCUUUUUUUAAGUAUAGUGAUCUAUAUAAGAAUAUUUUAAUUCUAUUAUAUACAUAUUUAAUGCACGGUACGUCAUAUUCUUCAAAUAAUAAGGAUAUUGUUUGUUAGCAGUUUUUCUUUUUUUAUCAUUGUUUAAAUAUCUAGUUGGACAUAUAUUGCUUUUGAAUAUAACUGUUAUAAUUUAUGGUUCUUAUUUAUUUCAAGUUAGAAAUAGAUAACUUAAAAAUAAAUAUUUUUUAUUUUUAUCUAUUCUCUAACACUUUUGAUAUUUCCUCUGGUUUGAAGGCCUUAAAUUGUUAUGCUAAGUCUAAUGAAGUAAAUAGGAACUAUAUAAAUAUCAAAUAAAUAUCAAAUAUACCAUUGUAUUCAUCAUACUACUGCUUGCCUAUAAAACUUACAUGAAUGAUUGUAAGUUUCUAGUCGUAAAAACGUAAGCAGAAGUCUGUGUUAUAACAAAGAUUGUGUUUAUAACAAUAUAGUUGUAAUAUUUUAAUAUUACA